AUGGCCAGCAACCACCCGCCUUCGCUGACGCGACAGCACACACAUGACAUUGAACUCGGUGUCUCGGAUGUCCUCCAGCGCCAUGUCACUCGUCAUGUGGUGGCGCCCAAGCCCGUGUCCCAACGAAAGCUCACCUUUGAGCACAACAGACCGCGUAUUUUGCGGGAAAUGAUGGCAGAAGCCACGGGCGUGUUCUUUUACGUGUUCCCCGGUAUCGCCUCUGUGGCCUCAUUCACGCUUGCUACCACCAAUGGCGUUGGGGCAGCGGUCGGAAUCCCGGUUUUUGGCUCUCUCUUCCAAAUCGGCUGUGCGUUCGCCAUGGGUAUCGCGUUCGCGAUCAUUACCUGUGCACCCACCAGCGGUGGCCAUUUCAACCCGGCCAUCACAAUCUGUUUCGCUAUCUGGCAAGGCUUCCCAUGGAAGAAAGUCCCCCACUACAUUUUCUCCCAGAUCUUUGGCGCGUUCAUCGCCGGCUUGUUCCUGAUGGCAUGCUACUGGCCACAAAUCCAAGCAGCAAAAGCAAUCGAUAUCAAAGAGCACGGCACCGCGGUCUACAAUGGCGGUGUGGCCAGCAUCUUUUGCACGUUCCCCAACCCGGACCAGCACAACCAGGGAUAUCUGUUCUUCCAGGAGUUCUUUGUCGAUAGCUACAUUGGCAUUCUGAUCUGGGCUUGUCUCGACCCCGCCAAUCCCUUCGUCAGCGCCACCUCCGCGCCCUUCACUAUCGGUCUGGUGUACGCGGCCAUGGUCUGGGGGUUCGCCGGAAACAGCAUAUCCACCAACUUGGCCAGGGACUUGGGCACGCGCAUUGUCGCCGCCAUCUUCUUUGGGGGCGAGGCCUUCAGCUUCGACAACGGGUACUCGUGGAUCUCGAUCCUGGUCAACAUCCCCGCCACCAUCUUCGCCACGGGAUACUACGAAUUUUUAAUGCGGGACAGCCUGCAGAAGAUCCACAAGGGCCACGCCGAGCACGAGGAAGGCGAGGAAGGUCUCUCUAGAUAUCUAUCCAAGGUCACUGGUAUGGAUGUGCCUCCGUCAACGGAGCGUGGUGCGAUGAACGCUGCCAACGGCGUCUUGGAGAAGCAAUUCUAA